AUGGCUUCCCUCGAAGACGACCCGGUCGUUUCUUCAUACGAUGUCUACCUUACCGACUCCGAGAUCUCUCGCUACGUCUUUCAGUACAUUGAUCGCCCCCAGAAUAAACCUUACAAUGAGCGAAAGGGCCAGAAACCAAUUGAGCUUCGAAUGAAACCCAACACAGGUCUUGUCGAGAUCGAUGUCCCAAUCAACACUCGCGUCACCUACGAUAUGGAGAAGGGCCUUAAAUAUGGUGAGGCCAUGAAGAAGAGCCGCUCUGCCCGCGAUGGGGGUUCCUUCGGUAUGUCUGGUGGCUUCAGUGGUGGAAGCAUGGCUACAGCAGGAGUUUCCAGAGUCAAAAACGAAGGAGCCGAUAUUGAAGUGUUUGAUAAGAAGAAGAAGGUGGACGGGAGUUCGGUGGUCAUGACACAAGCCCUUGGCGGACGGAUAAAGCCUCCAGAGGAGGGAGAUCCUGUCCAUAUGCUGGGUACCUUCAAAGGAAAAAACCUGCACCUUUCACCUGUCACCGCAGUUGUCCAAUUACACCCACAGCUCCACCACAUAGAUGCUUUGGAUGAAUUGCCCAAGGCAAGGGGAGCCAAGGGUAAGAAAGAUGAAGAAGAGCGCGCGGAGCCCGAAGCCCGUGCGAUCGACGUGAAAGUCAAGGGCGCAGAAGAUGGUGGUGCCAUGCUUGUUGGCAAUUUGGAUCUUCUCAAGAGAAUGCAAGAAGAAAAAUGGAAGACCCUGGACUGGGUGGAUGCAGAGACUGAGGAGUCUUGGUACACCUAUGAAAACUACAUGAUGAACCAGAACCCAGAGGAAUUGCCUCAACUCGAAGCGGUUAUCAACAGCGAGGCUUAUCUAGAUGGCAUGAGUGCGCCCCGGAUUGACCCUGCGCAUCCCGAGAUGACCGGGUGGGCUAUGAAGCAAAACCGACAAAAACAAAAGGAGGGCUCCUCUUUAAGCGAUGAUGAGGAAAGUUGA